AGUGACGUAUUUAAGUCUCGUUAAAUUCAAAAUAAUAUGCACUUUGCCCUUUGACCCGAGUCCGGAGUCGACUUCGCGCCAUUGAGUGAAAAACAUUCGUGAUAUCGAGCGUACCAAGGUUUCGCGAUUAUCCCCAGAAUAGUUGCGAAAUUUCGUUCACGAAGAGUCCGCAGGUCUCUAAUAAUACUCGAUCCGUGGUCUCGAGUUUUACUGUGACAUUCGUUGACAUUCGUGCUGAUCGUGCGGCGCUUAACCUCCGCGAGUGAGUUUCACUGUGAUAACAAGUCUUCUAACCUCAAACAUGGCCGACUGCGAACAGGAUCCAGGAGACCGGCUCGACGGCGAUAACCAGAAGAACGAUAAGAUGUUCACCCUGAAGAAGUGGAACGCCGUGGCUAUGUGGAGCUGGGACGUGGAGUGCGACACCUGUGCCAUUUGCAGAGUUCAGGUUAUGGACGCCUGUCUACGAUGCCAGGCGGAAAGCAAGAAGGAGGUUUACGGCCGACAGGACUGCGUGGUCGUCUGGGGCGAGUGCAACCACUCGUUUCACUACUGCUGCAUGUCGCUCUGGGUUAAGCAGAACAAUCGUUGCCCGCUGUGCCAGCAGGAGUGGUCUAUACAACGAAUGGGGAAGUAAUCCUCACGACGGGAUUCGCGUCCACGAUUAUCCUGUCAUCGAGAAAUCGCGCAUUUCCUAUCGAUGUUGGAUCAUUCGUUUCGCCCCUUCGAAAACCUUCAACGGAUUUUGGUAAACGAUAUAUAAAUCAUUUGACGUCGUAUUUUAUGCAAACAGAAAUAUUAUUUUAUAGUAAAAUAUACAUAAAAGAAUAAUCAGUAAUAUUAUGUGGCAAAUAUAUACAAUUGCUUUUAAAAGCAGAUUAUUCAUAAAAGAGCUAUUGUAAGAAAAGAUCCUGUUUUCUUCGGUAUCUAAUGUAUUAUUUGCAAUUAGCUAUGACACGUUAUCAAAUAUAAUAAUUAUAAACGAAUGGACUCUUGGAAAAGUCUCAUUCAAUCUUUUGUGAUUAAUGAAAACUGUGCAUUAGAAAAUUUAAUAUAGCUUUAAAUAUAUUCCGAAUAAAAAUAA